AUGGCAGAACUCGACGCGAUCUACGAAGAGGACGACGAAGACCUGAGGGCCAACAAAGAUUCGCUGGUGAGCCUUGUACCCGAACCGAUGGUCAUACGAGGCGCCGGAAACAUGACAGUGUUUGGCCUGAGAAAUAAAUUCGACACGGAAUUCCCGCCAACGCUAUCUGCUAAGGUGGCUCCAGAAGAAUUCAAAGCUACCAUUGUGCGCAUCAACAGCGUCCUGCGCAAGACUCUACCCGUGAACGUCAAGUGGCUUUUCUGCGGCUGCCUGUGUUGUUGCUGCACCCUCGGAUGCUCGCUCUGGCCCGUCGUCUGCUUGAGCAAACGGACGCGGCAUUCGAUAGAGAAAGUCCUGGACUGGGAGAAUAGUCACCUUUACCACAAGCUGCUGCUCAUCGAAUUCAUCCCCAAGUUGGCCAUCCAUCGGCCCGACUAAAGGCCGACGAGCCAGUCCCCCUUUCUCAAGUGUUGCCGCGGCGCUCGGACCAAUGAGGCGGCAAGAGGGCUCUCGAGGACGACCAGAGCGCAGCGAAUCUCUGUCACGGCGGAACGAAGACAGCCCCGCCCUGAGCAUUUGCUGCGUCUCUUUGGAGACCGUCUUACAGACAAGAAAACGGCGCAAGGCAAGAGUUCUUAGC